UGUAUUUUGCACGCCUUGCGUAUUUCGUGGUGUGGAAACCAAUUGUCAUUUCUCGUACACAAUACAUAAUGAGCUUGGGUGCAUUGCUGAUAAUUGAUUUGAUCUAGCCGUCUACAUCAGCAUCUUGUGAUCCAGAAGAAAUACAACUAUCAGCUAUCUUGUUAUCAGUGCUGGCAGGAAGCUCGCCAUGGCUACAACCGUCCCUGCUGUUAUUGCUUUAAGUGGAAUAAAUAAGAAUCCAGAAGACUUACCAAGGUCUACUACAGCACCCUUCACCAAUAGCAUCACUGUAAGCCUCCCAGAAUACUACAGUUACUAUGACUACCCUGAGGGUGACUUCGGGAGGUGUGUGUAUGAGCGUUAUGAGGCCAAUUUUAUUCCCACCCUCUACGCCAGUUUCUUCCUCCUGGGCCUUCUGGGUAACUCUUUGGUCAUCUGGGUCAUUGCUUGUGGCGUGCGACUCCGCAGCAUGACCGACGUGUGCCUCCUAAACUUGGCUGUUGCUGACCUUCUCUUGGUGUGUACCCUUCCUUUCCUAGCCCACCAAGCACGGGACCAGUGGCUGUUUGGGGAUGCUAUGUGCAAAGCGGUCCUUGGUAUUUAUAAUAUUGUUUUUUACUGUGGGAUCUUUUUCAUCACUCUAAUGAGCAUUGACCGGUACUUGGCUAUAGUACAUGCCGUUUACGCUAUGAGAGUACGGACAAGGUCCUUUGGAAUGAUCACAGCGGCUGUUACAUGGGUGGCUGGAUUUUUGGCUUCUUUACCUGACAUUAUCUUCCUCAAAGAGCAGCCUGUUGUGAAUACUAAUAGGACUCAGUUUUUCUGCUACCCUGUAUAUCCCACAGCAACUUCGAAUGACGACACCACUUCAUCCAACUCUCACAUCUGGAGCAUCUUCAGCCUUUUUAAAAUGAACUUUUUGGGUCUAUUUGUCCCGGUUGUCAUCAUGGGUUUCUGCUACUCACAGAUUGUCUGGAGACUGCUGUACAGCCCGUCAUCCAAGAAACAAGCCAUCCAUUUAGUUCUCAUAGUGGUAGUUGUUUUCUUCUGCUGCUGGAUCCCCUACAACAUUGCAUCCUUCUUCAAAGCACUGGAGCUAUUGCACAUCUAUACAGAAUGUGAAAGCAGCAAAGCCAUCAGAUUGGCUUUACAAGUCACUGAGGCCAUUGCCUAUUCUCACAGCUGCCUCAACCCCAUCCUGUAUGUGUUUGUUGGGGAGAAGUUCAGGAGGCACCUGCUAAGGUUGAUAAACAGGGCUCCCUGCAGGCUGUGUCAGAUGGUCAAAGUCUGCAUACCCCAGGACAUAAUCAAUGGGUCAGUCUACUCACAGACCACCAGCCUGGACGAGAGGAGCACUGCUGUGUAAAGUGUGUUCCAUAGACUGUAUAAAGGUGGGUUGUUAUUUCUGUCUGUGUGGUCUUCUCCACAAUGAGGGCAUUUCUUGUGAAGUCAAAUAGUCAAGAUGAGAAGCAAUUCUUGCUAAUUCUCACUUCUUAUGGGCUAUUUUAGGACUUCAGUUCAUUUUUCACUCACAAUUGGCUUUAGGUUGAUUUUGAGUUUUGGAAAUAAGAAGAAGAAGUAAGAAUAUGACAAAAUACAUGUGACAAUGUGUCAGCUUGAGAGACACAAGCCUGAAUCUUAAAUCUUAUGGUAUGAUUUUGUAAUAGAGUAACAUGCAAACACAGUGUAACCGUGUAUAAAUGUAAAGGUAUAUCUUUAUACUUUUAUAAGUUCUAUAGCCUACAUAAAAACGUACAAUGGAAAUGUACUGUAAAUAUGGUUCUGGAUAUGCAAGAUCUUUAACAGAGUUGAUGAAGCAGAUUGUAUCUGGAAUUUUAAAGUAGGUCAGAAAUAGCCCUGAAAUAAAUGUUGUCUUCUCCUUUUUAGAGAGAGACAAACUCAGAUGCUGACCAGUUCCUUGCAGGGCAAACACCAUUAAGAGAAGUGAAACAAAUAACUAAACAUAGCUAAUAGCUAAAAAGAAAUAGCAAAGCUUUUGCACAGCAAAAGGUCCCCAGUGCAGCUGGAAACCUAAGUAUUGCAAGUUUCGAAGCAUCUGUAACAGCAGAUUUGCACUCACCUCAACCUAGAGAAAACCACAACAUGAAAAAAAGAGGAAGUAUAUGUUGUCGGUUUAACCUUUGCAGUCUCUGUGCACGAAUUAGCAUUUUGCUGUCAAAUUUUGGAAAUAUCUCUGAAAAAUUUCUUAUGAGAUUAAUCAGCAUUUCACGAAAACAAGUCAUUUUGAAAUCAUUAUACUCUAUAUUCUAUCAUGCAGACUGACUAGCCAAGUGGAUAUUAUGCAUACCAUAUCCUAACUGCAACAUCCUCGGUUUGAUUCAAGUUGGCCACCUUUGUUGCACGUCACCCCCCCUCUCUCUCAAGGCAUUUCCUUACUGUAGCCCACAUAAUGGCAAAAUGCCAAAAAAAUGUUCGGUGAAAAAAA